GAGCAGCUUGUUGCUGGUCACACUUGAUCAUCAGCUUCCACUUGGUCAACAUCGUUCUAAGCGACAUGAGGGCUUCGAUCAUUAUCCUGUUGCUGGCGGUCAGCGCUGUGCUCGCGGCAGAGAACUUCUCACAAGACGUCCUUCCUUCCCACGACCUCACUGACCUCUUGGACGACGGAGGCGCACGACAGCGGCGGGCGGACGCUGGCGAGCUUUCGGGCGUGGAAGAGGAAGGCGGUCGCUACAUCCGUAGCCUAGAUACCGUCGCGUACAAGGGCAGGAGUGCGCUGAAAUCUAAGGGAAGGGUAUUGAGAACUAAGGGCAAGGGCUUGAGGAACCUUAAAGGAGGUUACGGAGGAGGGGGUAAGGGCAAGGGAGGAGGUUACUCUAGGCGCCGCCGUUCAUCGGAAUUGGUGGAAGAUCAAGACGCUGCGUCACCGCACGACAUCGUGAAGCGGUUCGCUAACCCUGACCAUGGCUACCACAAGAGUUCCUACAAGCCAGCCCCACACCACAAGGCCACCGCCACAGGAUCUCAAGUCUUCAAUCUCGGUCUCAGCAAAGGAAAACCCAAACAUUACGGUCACUAAACUGAUAUAACUGAAAUAGCUAUUAUAUAUAGCCCACGGCGAGGAAGGUAAAUAACUCUUAGUAUUUUUUUCUAUAUAUUUUUAUUUAUAUUGUUCUUCUAUAAGGUUCUUCGAAUAAACAGAUGAGAGCAGUGAGUUGCAGGUUCAAUCCCAGCGUUUCGGAUCAGUUCUAAUCAGGUCAGCAAUGUGGCUAGGGGGGUUAAGAAUACUAAGUUUGAAGCAGUGAGUUGUGGGUCUAAGCCCUUACAAGCUAUGAGAAUUCUGCGAUAUCUAGAAUUGUCAAUACCAAUAUUACAAUAACGCUGCUUUUAUCAAAACUUUGGAAGUUCUUGCACACAGGGUCUGUAUUUUCCCAUCAAAAUUUAUAUUCUUUUCAAAAAUAUUGUUCCUAUGCACGUUUGUUACACUAAAUGAAGUAAACUGUGUUCUUA